AUGCGCGAAACUAGGGUGAAGAAUGCAGUGGUUACUGUGCCUGCUUAUUUCAAUGACUCUCAGCGUAAAGCUACCGUAGAUGCUGGAACCAUUGCUGGCCUUAACAUUUUGCGGAUAAUCAAUGAACCAACUGCUGCAGCUAUUGCAUAUGGCCUUGACAGAAGGACUAAGUGUGUUGGAGAGAGAAACAUUUUCAUCUUCGAUCUUGGUGGUGGUACUUUUGACGUUUCUCUCCUUACAAUUAAGGGUAAGAUCUUUCAAGUUAAGGCCACCGCUGGAAACAUUCACCUUGGAGGAGAGGACUUUGACAACAGAAUGGUGAACUACUUUGUGGAGAAAAUCAAAAUGAGAAACAAAGUGGACAUUAGUGGAAACCCAAAAGCGCUAAGAAGGUUGAGAACUGCCUGUGAGAGGGCAAAAAGAACACUCUCACAUGCUCUUACUACCAACAUUGAGGUAGAUAGUUUAUCUCAUGGCAUUGACUUCUCUUCUUCAAUCACUCGUGCAAGGUUUGAGGAAAUCAACAUGGAGCUCUUUAACGAGUGCAUGGAGACUGUAGAUAGGUGUCUGGCUGAUGCUAAGAUGGACAAGAGCAGUAUACAUGAUGUUGUUCUUGUUGGGGGGUCUUCUAGGAUUCCCAAAGUGCAAGAGCUAUUGAAAGACUUCUUUGAUGGAAAGGAUCUGUGCAAGAGCAUAAACCCUGAUGAAGCUGUUGCCCAUGGUGCAGCUGUGCAGGCUGCUUUGUUGAGUGAAGGCAUUAAGAAUGUUCCAGACAUGGUGCUGUUGGAUGUUACACCGUUGUCACUUGGUAUCGAUACAAUAGGAGAUAUCAUGAGCGUAAUUAUUCCUAGAAAUACUAGUAUUCCUGUAAAGAGGACACAAGUAUAUCGUGCAGAUGAAGAUAACCAAUCAUCUGUUCUAAUUGAGGUUUACGAGGGUGAAAGAACAAGAGCUAGAGAUAACAAUUUGUUGGGUUCUUUUGAGCUUUCUGACUUUCCUCCGGCUCCUAGAGACCAUCCUUUUGAGGUCUGCUUUGCCAUAGAUGAAAAUGGUAUCCUAUCUGUCUCUGCUAAGGAAAAAACCACUGGCAUCAUGAAUAAAAUUGUCAUAACCAAUGACACAGAAAGACUUUCGACGGAACAAAUCCAUAGAAUGAUACAAGAAGCAGAGGAAUACAAAGCUGAAGAUUUGAAAUUCCUGAAGAAGGCCACACUGCAGUGA